AUGGACGGAGAACCAGUACGUAGGGUUACAUUAAAAGAUUUCUGUCAUACUACUACUCCUGAAUUCUUCACAAGUAUCACACCGCCAGAGGUUCAAGCCCCUAAUAUUUCGUACCCUCAUUCUCUCAUUCAGCUGAUUCACGGGAACCUCUUCCAUGGUCUCCCAAGUGAGGAUCCUUAUACGCAUCUAGCCUCAUUUAUAGAAAUAUGCAACACGUUUAAGAUAACGGGAGUUCCACCACAAGCGGUACGCCUCAGCCUCUUUUCUUUCUCGUUAGCGGGAGAGGCAAAAAGAUGGUUGCAUUCUUUUAAAGGCAACACCUUUAGGACUUGGGAAGAAGUUGUAGACAUAUUUCUGAAAAAGUACUUCCCUGAAUCCAAGACAGCUGAAGGGAAGCUAGAAAUCUCAUCUUUCCAUCAAUUCCCAGAUGAAUCCCUUAGCGAGGCCUUAGAACGCUUCCACGGAUUGUUAAGGAAAACGCCCACUCAUGGAUAUAGCGAGCCAGUACAGUUAAACAUCUUCAUUGAUGGAUUACGACCUCAAUCGAAGCAAUUAUUGGACGCAUCCGCAGGAGGAAAAAUCAAGUUAAAGACACCCGAGGAAGCGAUGGAACUCAUUGAGAACAUGGCAGCGAGCGAUCGGGCUAUCCUUCGUGACCGUUCUCAUGUCCCAACAAAGAAAAGCCUCCUAGAGCUUAGUACACAAGACGCAACUCUGGCACAACAUAAGUUGAUAUCCAGACAAUUAGAAGCUAUUACGAAGACGCUUAACAAAUUGCCCCAACAACUACAAGUAGUGAAUAUUUCUCAUUCCCCUGUUUUGCAAGUAGAGGGAUGUCCCACAUGUGUAGGAACACAUGAGCCUGGACAAUGCGCAAUCCAACAUGAGCCCUCUCAAGAAAUAAAUUACAUGGGCAAUCCUAAUCGCCAAGGUUUCCAAGGCUACUACCAAGGAAACCCGUCUGGAUACAAUAACGGAUUGCCAAGAUUUAACCAGGGAAGAAACUUUAACCGAGGCUCCGGCUGGAGAAAUCAAGGAAAUCAGUACAAGGAGCUUAGGCCUCAACCACCAUACCAGCACCCUAGUCACGGUCCGAGUCAGCAAGAAAAGCCGUCUCUCAGUAUAGAGGAAAUGAUCUUAAGUUUCACUCAGGAAACAAGGGCAUUCAUCCAGGAGACAAGGGCAAACACUCAGAAGACGAAGGCAUUCAGUCAGGAGACAAGAGCGUUCAUCCAGGAGACGAGAUCACAUCAAAAGAGCACAUAUGCAGCUAUCAGAAACCUGGAGACACAAUUGGGCCAGCUAGCCUAG